UGCGCCUUCCCCUCUCCCUAAUCCAUCAACGUUCGAGUUCCAAAUCCCCACUUUAUACCUCUUCCUCCUCCUCUUCGAUCCUUAUCUGCCCGCGAUCGAUUGAAUUCUGAGUGAGAAAUCGCGGUCAUGGCGACCUCCGCAAGGCGAUCCCAAGCUCCCAGACGCCAAGAAGCUGGAUUCCGGAAGCUCUCGGAGAACGUCGACCCCAAUCUCCUACUAUCCACACCUCGCCGGAGACCGUCUUCGAGGUCGCCAGCAACGAAGCCGGCGAAGCGGAUCGAGUUGACCCCGAAAAGAGAGGCCUUUGUCACUCCGAAAAAGAAGAGCUUUUUGACUCCGCAGAAGGGUUUGGAACCGAAAAGGUGCCCUGAGGAAGAGGAAAGAAGGGGAAAUGUGGAGAGGAGAAUCGGUGGCGAGGUGGAGGAGAAAAGCUCGGAAGGAAGCUCGAAGGCGAACGCCAUGAGGCGAUUGAUACUGGAGGAGGCCAUGAGCAGCCUGCCGGCGCACGGGGCUGGGCGGGUUAUGUACCUGGUGAAGACUUUCGAGAGGUUGCUCUCAAUUCACAGGGAAUCUGAGGGGGAGAGCGGUGGAGGAGAAGAAGACACGAGAAAGGUGAAGAAUUGGGCUUUGCCCGGCAUGGACUUUCGACCCAAAGCCAAGGCCAGUGGAUUCUCCCCUUCGCCCGUUUCAUGUUCGGCGGAAUGCAUAACUGGAGAUUGCCCAGAAGAAGGUUCUUCCGAGGAUAGCAGAUUGAGCAGUGGAAGCAAUCGAUCUGAUGAAGGGAAAAGGAACAUGCCAAAUAGCAAUGGUUCGUCAAGAAGAAGCUGGAAUAAGAGGCUCAAAGUGAAAACCCCACUGCCUUUCAAGUUGAGGACAGAGCAGAGGGGAAGGUACAAGGAAGAGCAGUUCUUCAAGAAAGUGAAGGAAAUGCUCAUGGAAGAGGAGAAAAAACGCAUACACAUUGCACAAGGGCUCCCUUGGACUACUGAAGAACCCGAGAUUCCAGUAAAACCUUCAAUAAAGGAACCAACAGAACCACUUGAUCUUAUCCUCCACAGCGAUGUGCGUGCUGUAGACCGUGCUGAGUUUGAUCUCCAUAUUGCUGAGCGCAUGAGCUUCCUUGAUCAAAUCAAAAUGGAGAGAGAAAGGCUCCUUAAGCUGCAAGAAGAAGAAGAAAUAAGACAACUUCGAAAAGAACUUGUUCCAAAAGCUCAACCCAUGCCUUACUUUGACCGCCCUUUCGCCCCCAAGAAGCAAAUCAUCGAAAGCACGGACAAUACCGAAGGAGCCAAGAUUCCAAAUUCACCGGCUGAAGGAACCUUGAAAGAAUUCAAACCUGUUCUCACAUUCGCUUCAAAAUUGGUAGUAAUUAUUGUUUGUAUAGGUCUCAGAAACAAUUGGAGUUUCCAAUUGCUGUUGGAAAGGGUAAUGGAAAAUGUCUUCAUUAAUGAAUUUUAUUAACAAUUUUCUAGUAUUAUGAUAUUGUUGUUUCAUGAAAGAUGUAAUCAACCUCAAAUAUUAAAGUUGAAUAUAGAUAUUAUUCUACGACCUUCAA